AGAAUAUUAUAAUUUUCUAUAUUAUUAUCGUCUCGUUUAUAGACGAAAACUGUAGUUGGGAUGAUUAUCGCUGGUAUAUAUUGCUUUGAUAUCUCCGGAACGGGAAGAUAAUGACGUCCGCCGCACCGCACUUUUGAACAGAGUUCACAGACAGCUUACUCCUCAUCGUUACAUCAUCAUCCACAACUCCUCGUCGACCACCCAUCACAACCCACGCGCGUCAGCAAAACCAGACCAGCCCAGCAUGUCCUACCAAAAACUGAUUCCGUCAGGCUUUGUCCCGCUGAACGACAGCAUUGAGCUGAAAUCGCUGGAGGCGCUGAACCUGACCGUCGGCCGCAAGGGCACGGACGAGGUCGAGAGCGUGCGGGCGGUGUUUACGGCGCCGGCGGCGACGGCGGGAGCGGUGGCGGUGACGAAUAUCGAGAGUGACUCGGACUCGCAGCUGUUGUUUUACGUGCAGUUUAUGAAUGUGUCGAAGGUGCAUUCGAUUCUGAUCCAGAGCGCUGUGGCGAAGGGAUCAUCAGCUGAGGGAGCUGAAGGAGGAGAGGGUGCGGAAGAAGCAGAGGGGGAGAUCAGGCAGCGGCCGACGAAGAUCAAGGUGUGGACAAAUCUGCCGUCGAUUCUCUCGUUUGACGACGUGACCUCCGUGCCGGCUGUGUACGAAGAAGACGAGAUCGCCGAGCCAGACGCGGAAGGCUGGAGCAGUGUCAAGCUCCGCUACGUGCGGUUCCAGCGCGUGACCUCGCUCGUCAUAUAUCUCGAGGGCGAGGACGACGACGAACCUACUGGGGUGAAUAAGAUCUUGCUGGUUGGGGAUAAGGGUGAGACGCUGGCGAUGGGAAAAUUGGAGCAGACGCAUGAUCAUGAUUGAUAGAUCGAGGGGGACGAUGAUUUGUGGGUUGUAUAUAUGGAUUAAGCCAGGGAUUGAGAAAGAGGAAGAGGAAGAGUUUUGUGUGUAGAUUGAUAU